AUGACGAUCGCGGACAGGGCGCGCGCGAUCGCGAUCACGGCGAUGACGACGGUGAGCGCGGCGGGCGCGGCGCGGGCGGACGCGCAAGAGGUGCAGGAUUAUCUCUUGGCGUUUUGGAAGUUUCGCACGGCGGACACGACGAGCUUUUUGUUGUACACGGUGGCGCCGAUCAUGGUGCCGUACGCGGUGUUCGCGGUGCUGAUCAAGCGAAAGACGGAGGCGCAGCUGGAAAAGUUGGAGGGCGGGGGUUGGAUCGCGUUCAUGGCGGAGCGGGGACUGGACGCGAAGACGCUCGAGCUGCCGCAGUUGAACGCGUUUUGCAAGGCGGCGGACGCGGGGGUGCUGGAUGACGCCAUGGUGACGGAGUUCGUUCGUAAGCUGAAGUUGAGCGAACAGUGGAAGAAGAGCACGAUCGCGAUCGAUGACACUCGCGCGGAGGAAGCGAAGAAGCGCGCGCGCGCGGAGGCUAUUCUGGAGGCGAAGCGCGCGCGAGGCGACUUUGAAAAGUCCAAGGAAGAAUCCUCCGUGUAG